UCGAGAUGCCAUGUUUCGAUGUGUUGUUUUGACAUAAGCGAAACGCAGACAAAACAGCAUAAUUUCAAACAAAACAAUUUUACCGAAAAAAAAAAAUAAGGACUCAUGAGUGCGGCCGAUUACAAAAAGCCGAGAAAAUCGGAUUUUCCGCAAUGUGCCAAGGAUGCACUGACUCGUAUCGAGAGUUUGUGUACGAGUAAAAAGAACCAGGAUCGUUGUUUGGAACUUAUAGCCGAGUGCAUAUUCCUCGAAAAGAAAGCUGAUUUAUCGUCGAAAAGGUCGACUAGUACGGGUCUGACGGUGUUCCAGGAGUUUCAAUUGGUUUUGGUAUUUGCACAGUAUUUUUCAAGGCCCGGUCCGGACGUAACACGAAAUGCUGUAUUCCUCUGCUUAUUUGGCAACACAUCACUGCCUCCAGCACGGUCGAGGGUUCUGAGUAAAUUCAUAAGCACGGCAAUCAGUGAUUCUAUUGCUCCGAUUUUGUGCGCAGCAGGAACGUGGAUGCAACAAGUCGGUCCGAAUGCACUAGCAUGCUUGGAAUUAGCGCAACGACUCAUCGAAGAUUUCAUCAUUUACCAGAAAUCCUGCUGUGAUCAACUGAAAUCUCUGCCAAUGGUCGCACCGAGGUUUGCAGUGAAUUUCAUGACAUCGGUGGCAGAUUUAUACUUCAAAGAGAUUGGAAAUGAUAUCGCAACACCGCCAGACUCAUUAAUUGAGCUGUUUACCGAAUGGAUAUCAGAGAAUCCGAAUUUGUGCUCCGAAACACAGCCACAAUUGGAUUUACCAUCAGGUGCCAUACCAAUGGCGCUCAUAUCGCCCACCGAAGGUCUCAUCCGAUGGUGUACUCUUUCGCCACUGUUUUUACCAUUAAACGACCUCAUCUACAGUAAACUUCAUUUGGCUGUUCUUCAAAGCCUAACCCAAGCAUCUCAAAAUAAUUCAACACCAACAACAAUCAAUGCAUUGACAUUGGGCACAAUUGUCGAUUCGAUAUGCAAUCAGGCGGAACGAUAUCGAAUGCAAAACAUUGAGCCAAACACAGAUGAACGAAUGCAGAUUUGUCUAGAGCGGUUCUCACAGGCCAUUCAAUUGGGCAUCAUGUCGCGUGUCAUUACCGGCAGUGUAUCACAAUUGCUGCGCCGAUUAGAAACCUUACCUUCCAAUGCACUGCUCGAGAUGGUUCUGGAGAAUCAAAAACCAACAUAUUUAUAAUAAGAAAAACGACCAUGUGUAAUUUUUUCUUUUUUUUCUUGUCUCGCUCUCAUUCAAUUCAAUAGGAAAUAGAUUUUUGAUUAUAACAAAAA